AACAUCCGUGGUGGAGGAAGAAGUCUGGAACGAACGGUCCGUUAUUUUGAUUCUACAAGAUCCACGCUAUCUUUUCAAACCUUCCAACAGAACUGUUGGUUUACCUAAAUCAAAUCUACUAGCGUGCUCACGAUUUCGUGUCCAAAGGACUUAAUAGCUAUGCGUUACGUGGCCGCUUAUCUUCUUGCUACCCUUGGUGGAAAUGCUUCUCCUUCUGAAAAUGAUUUGAAAAAAAUCUUAGAAAGUGUUGGUGUCGGAUAUGAUGCAACUCGAGCAUCUACUGUUGUGAAGCAGUUAAAGGGAAAAUCUCUUCCUGAUUUAAUUGCUGAAGGAUCUAAAAAGAUGGCAAGUAUGCCAUCAGGAGGAGCUGCUGCUCCGUCUGCUGUUGCCGCUGCUGCUCCUGAGAAAGCUGGUGGUGCUGCACCUGCUGCUAAGGCGGAAGAGAAAAAGAAAAAGGAAGAAUCCGAAGAAGAAUCAGAUGGUGAUAUGGGAUUUGGACUUUUUGACUAAAUGUAAAUUAUGUAAUAAAGAAUGAACCCUCCUUCUGGCA